AUGGCCUCUCUAGACGAUAUCUGGGACAUUCCCGCUGACGAGAUCGAGACAGUGCCCGCCAAAAGCAACGCACCCCUCUUCCUUCCCUCUGACGAAUCCGACAAUGAUGCUGGCCCUACUGCUUCAUCUCGUCCGUCCAAAUCAGGGGCAAAAGCGACCACAUCCACACAAUCGAAGCAACAACCCUCUCGCGCGGAGAUUGAUGCCUUGUUCGCAGACAUCGACGAACCAGAUGACUUCCAGGAGCUCGCACCAGCCCUCGAUCUUGAUGCUCUCCGACGUCAAGCGGACGCGCGCAACGCGCACAAAGCUCGCCCUGCCGUCCCUGCAUCUCGACCCACGCAAACACAAACACAGAGCCAAUAUAAGGGGAAGGGGAAGGGAAAAGAUAAAGGAGCGUAUGCGCUGGAUAUGGAUGGUGGAGACGAAGGCGAAGAGGACAAGGAAGCGGGUGAAGGGAAGGAUAAGAAAAAGAAGAGAAAGCCAAUACCUAAGAUGGACGAGGCGAGAUUGUUGGGCAAGGACGGUUUUCCGGCGUUGAUAAAGACUACGAAGGAUUGGAAACCUAGAGGCAAAGGACAUGAGGCAGCAGACCUUAACCAAGUACUCCAGAUAUACCAGUUCUGGACAGCAAGAAUGUAUCCGAAGACACGAUUUCGAGAUACUGUUGAUCGCGUUGAGAGGCUUUGUCAUUCCAAACGGAUGCAUGUGGCACUAUCGGUGUGGCGAGACGAAUCCAAAGGGUUGAUUAAUGGCGAAGAUUUCAACGACGACGACGCUCUUGAUAUCUCUUCUGACGACGAAGUUGAACCAAGCGCAAAGAGGGCCAAGGUAUCGGCUGCCUCUGGACCCUCAGACGUGGAGGACGUGAUGGAGAUGGACUCAGAUGGAGAAGUCAUCCCCUCACGUCCACCGUCACAUGGACCCCCUUCCUCUUCUUCACCUGCGGAAGAGGAAUACGACUUGGACGCAUUAAUCGCCGCCGAGGAAGCAGAAACAGCUGCUGCCAAUCAGCGCUCCGCUGCCGCAUCGGGUCCGUCCAAAUCGCAAAAUACAGCGCCUGCGGCCUCUACAUCCGUGUACGACAUGGAUGCGGACGACGACGCAAUGUGGGACGCCCUUGAUGCUAUGGACUUCGAUGCCCCUGCGCCACAGCCUCCGCCGCAGAAACAGAAGCCUGCCCUUCCACAAACAAAUCAGAAUCAGAAUUUCCAGGAUGAAGAUGAGGAUAUGUGGGAUAUAAUGCGUGAGAUGGAGCAAGAGGCGCAGGCGGAGAAGGCUCAGGCUCAGGCUAAGAAACCGGUUUCUAGUGCAGGCCCUGCGGUCAGUGGUCUUGUACCACAUGCGAAGCCUGUGUUAGAAAAGGCAGCGGAUGAGCACGAGUGGGACGAUAUGUAUGAUUAGUGGAGAAUCGAG